UGAGAAUGCAGGACCUUUAUUCAUUCAUACCAAAUCUUUUGCAAAUAUGAGGACAGCCACAUGUCAGUUGAUACACUUGUCGGGAAUGGGAACACUUGAACUUCACAUAACGGCAAGACAAACAUCGAUGUGGCGGCGGCGGCGCCAUUUGGCUGUCCGUGCAAACUGUCUAAAACCGCCGAUUCCAAUUUCUAAAAAUAUGUAUGAGAGGGCCUCAAGGGGACAGACGUGGCAAACGUGUUUUAAUAUCGGGUGGAGAUGGGUUUCUAGAUUUAUCUCGUUUUACUUGCUAUCUAUGAAUCUGGUUGCUGCAGCUUCUGAGUAUCCAGCUCCCUCUGCUUAUGCCUGUGAGGAUAUUAGCAAUUACUAUUCCCCUGUGAAGAAGCAUUUAAGAUUAAGAGGUGAAGCACUAAAAGGAAAAUUGAAUAGCAUCAUUGCCCCACAUCAUUCCUUGUCCUACCAAGAGGUGUGGGAUGCCCUCAAGGUUCUUGAUGCUGCUGAUAUUGAUCAACCAGAAGCUUCAUCGGGAAUAGUUGAAAUAUACUCCUUAAGAGUUGUUCCGAAACGGUUAUCGGGAAAACCAUCGGGGUGGAAUAGGGAGCAUCUAUGGCCUCGUUCUUAUGGGCUGACUAAUGGUCCAUCUUUGACUGAUUUACACAACAUUCGCCCCGCUGAUGUAAAUGUCAAUUCAUCAAGGGGAAACAAGUUCUAUGGUGAAUGCAUGACUAGCUCGACCAAAUGUUUGAGGCCAGCCAACAAAGAAGCUGCUUUGGACACUGAAACAGACAAGGAGAGGUGGGCACCACCUAUGCAGGUUAGAGGGGACAUCGCAAGGGCAAUAAUGUACAUGGCAGUCUGUUAUGGGUUUGAACAACCAGGGGGAAGUCCAGGUCUUCGCCUCUCGGAUACUCCACGUGUUGAAAACAGGGAAAUGGGGCUGCUUUCCACAUUAUUAAAAUGGAAUGAAGUUGAUCCACCCUCGAGGGAAGAGAAGCUGAGAAAUGAAAGAAUAUGCAAACUUUAUCAGCAUAAUCGGAAUCCUUUUGUUGAUCAUCCGGAGUAUGCCAAUCUUUUAUGGAAGCAAGUUGUUAUAAAACGUGAUGCUCAUAAUAACAACAAGAAUAAUAAAUCUAACAAAGAAAAAGAGUUAGGACGAGUUUCUCCACAGUAGUUUUAUACUUUUACAGUUUGCUUACCUCAUAAUAUUGUUUGCCCUUCGUUUUCACUUUUUGAUUUGUAUACGUGGCUUUCUUCUGAGGAAUAUAUAAUCCUGUACUUUUUUUAUGGGAUUAAAACCAUCUUUGUUUGUAAUUUUUUUUUUUGGAAAUAUCUUUGUUUGUAAUUUAAAUUUGAGUAACAGUUGACAACUAGAAGUCUAGAACAUUAUAUCAGCUAAAUCUU